AUGGAGCCGGCGUUACUGGGCUCAGUUAUCUCCACCCUGUUCCCAUCUCGGGCGGAGCACACCCCACCAGCCAUGAGGCCCCACCCAGUAGCCUCUACUGAAGCACCAGUACCCGUAUCAGAGGGGGAGCUUGGCGCAGCCAUAUUACGGCUGCGUAGCAAAAACAAAGCACCUGGUCCGGACGGGAUCCCCGGAAAAGCGAGAUUGCAGAGAAGCAAAUUGCCCGCGGCGGAGUGNGGGAGACCGUACAACCUUGUCAUGCACAAGUUCUCGGGGCUUUUGUUUUUUAGCCACACGGUGCAAAACGGGACCCACGCAGACUUCCUGAUCACAACCUGCCACAUCGAUAAGCGUACUUGUUCUAACGUAAGCGGAGUUCCCGGAGGAUAUGCCAUCGCCUACGACGCCGGCAACGACGACAUAUACUUAGGAGGCCACGACGGCAUCUACAAGUAUAACUUCCUCACCAAAUCAGCGGACUUUUUCGCCGAAGAAGGCAAAAGCAUAUGGGGAUUAUUCGUCAGAAGAAACUUCUAUUACAUCGAGUACCCAACGCAGAAACUUAGAGUGUACCAAGACGAUGAAUUUUUGCCUGUAGCUGAAGCUAUCAAUAUAGAAGUCGACCACUUCUUUAUUUCUAAACACAUGGAUAUUUAUUUCUCUAACAGAACAGCUUUGUACAAAGUUGAAAAGCCGAAAAAAGAAGCUAUAGUUUUAAGCGAUGAAGUAGUGAUUCGACAAAUAGUUGAAGAUAGCUAUGGAGACACAUAUUUUUGUACCAGCGAUGGCAUAUACAUUGAAGAUAAACCGUACCAUAGAAUCAAAAAAGUGGCGCACAUAGUCCAAGCUUUUGGCCUGACUUUCGAUGAACAUGAUCAGAUAGUGUAUUCCGAUCGAAAUGCAAUUUAUAGAUUAAAACCAAGUAAAGUUGGUCCGUUAUGUUAUGAGGUUUUAACUAACCCUGCUGAAAGAGAAGAUUUGGAAAGAAUUAAAGAUACUCUUAUUAGUUAA